AGUACUCAAACAGAAUUCAUGGGAAAUUGUUUAAAACAUACUAAGUUUUUUUACAAUUUACCGCGUCUAUCUGAUAUUAUAUCUUCUACAGCGGCGAUAUCACGACUGUAAUCACAACGCACGUUUACAUACUCUAUAAAACGACUCUACAAUACAAUCAGUCCACCAAAUGAUUCUGAAGAAAUGGUUCUGUUUUCAAUAAUUGUUCUUAAUGUUGCAUUAGCUUUAGUUAUUUUGCUUUACAAUAAAUUGACGAGUGGUUUUUGCAAGUGUAGUAAACAUUUAGUAGGUAAAGUGGUGAUAGUGACUGGGGCUAACACCGGUAUAGGCUAUGAAACUGCGAAGGAUUUAGCGGAUCGCGGGGCACGAGUGCUUCUGGCGUGUCGGAGUGAGCAACGUGGAACCGCUGCCAGAGACAAAAUUAUUGCUAACACAGGUAACAAGGAUGUACACUUCAAGAAAAUUGAUUUAACAUCAUUGAGAUCAGUGAGAGAAUUUGCUGCUGAGAUUCUUGGGACAGAAAAACGUCUUGACAUUCUUAUCAACAAUGCUGCCAUGGGUAGUGCGAGAAACGUAAAAACUGAGGACGGAUUAUUGCAAGGAAUGCAAGCCAAUUAUUUUGGACCGUUUCUGUUAACAUACUUAUUAAGGCCAUUGUUGAAAUCAUCAGCCCCCAGUCGAAUUAUAAAUGUAACAUCUAUUGCACACUUUAAGGCGAAAAUUGAUUUAGAUAAUUUAAAUAUGGAAAAAGAAACAGAAAAAACCUUUAGUGAUUUUCAGGUUUAUGCUGUAUCAAAAUUAUGUAAUGUGCUCAUGACAGUAGAACUAGCUCGCCAGCUUAAAGGAACUGAAGUCACAGCUAACAGUCUACACCCAGGAGCAGUGGAUACAGAUAUUUGGAAAAACAUUCCCAUUGUCAAGUAUUUUACGUUUCUAAUAAAACCUUUCCUUAAAACGUCUUGGGAAGGCGCGCAAACGACAAUCUAUUUAGCAGUUUCUCCUGACGUCGAAAAUGUUAGUGGCAAAUAUUUUGCUGACUGUCGUCAAAGGCCUGCAUCGGAAUUAGCUGAUGAUUCUAAUCUGUGUCAAAAUCUAUGGUCAACAACGGAAAAAAUGGUCAAAAUAAAGCAUAUUUAAAGUA